GGCAGGCAGGCAGGCUUCCACGCCGGGCCGGACCCCUCAAGGCUUCCAACGGAGCAGUCCCGCGUUUGGGCGUGAGCGCCGUCUGGCAGGCAAAACUGGGGCGAGGCUCUGGCUGAGCAAGAAAGGAAUGCGAGUGGGAAGCAGAAAGAGCCCGGCGCAAGCAAGCAAGCGGGCAUGUAGCGACAGAUCCCGCCAGCAGAGAGGCGCGGGGAGCCGGGCCGGGGCUCACGCGGCAGAGGGCGGGCUUUCGCGUUCUCCCGGGGAAAAGCCGGAGGAAGAGGAAAAACGCGGCUUCGCCCGGCGGACCACGCGGCCGUUUCCACGGGCAGCGCGCCUCCCGACCGGAGCGUCCCGCUGGCUGCCCCCAUGGCGGCGUCGGAGAAGGUGCUGCGGGAAGGAGUGCUGGAGAAGCGGAGCGGAGGGCUGUUGCAGCUCUGGAAGAAAAAGCGCUGCCUGCUGAGCGAGAAAGGGCUGCGGCUCUUCGAGGCCGGCAGCCGGGGCUCCACGCGUUGCAAGGAGCUGCCCUUCGCCCACGUCAAAGCCGUCGAGUGCGUGGAGUGGAAGCAGCGGCACAUCUACUUCACGGUGGUGACGGACGACGGCGCCGAGAUCGACUUUCGCUGCCCGCAGGAAGACCCCAGCUGGAACGCCGACAUCACUCUGGCGCUGGUGCGCUUCCAGAACCAGCAAGCGGUGCAGAUCGUGCGCGCCAGGCACAGCUGCAGGGCGGCAUUUCAACAAGGGUCAACUCCAACCAGCCAGAUUCUGGUGAAUGGGUCUAAGAAAUCCGACUCUCAGCUCAACGUGGAGAGGGUAGAGGAAUUUAUAGCGGUGACUUCACCUGCCGGUGGACCAAAGGCAAUUUCUAGCUGCAACUGAACAAAAACCUCUACUUUCUUUGGUGAGGCAUCUCUGCUGCAAAGUGAAAUAAUGCCUGGUGAAGCCAGCAAAAUAUGUAUCACAACAAUGGUUAGAAACAGCUUUUGUUUUUCUCCUCUGUUUUUGCUAUGAUACUUAAGAACUUGGUCUUUCGAUAAGGCAUUGAGAAAGUUUCCUAUUAGACUGACAGUUUGCUUUCUACUGUCAACAGUCUUACUUACAGUGAUGGAGACCUACUGAUUCAGGAGACAGUUGCAGCAGCUAUGACAAAAAGGAAUCAUUCCAUCACUCAGUGUGCCACCAGCCUGAUGCUGAGUGAACAGUGCCAGAAUAAGAUGAACUCUGUGAGUGAGGAGCGUACAUGCUAUUGAAUCUGAGCAUGUCAGACAUGCUAUGGCACUAAUUUCUUGGUUAAAAAGGCAGAGAACAUCUGUCUUCCGUUAAUCAAGUGGCUCAUCUGGAAGGCACAAUUGUGAGCCUGCCCCUCUGACCUGAGAAGUCACAGGUUAUGAGGUUAUGCUGCUGCUGGAGUAGAUGCAGAGAAUUUUUUUAAAAAAUAUAAGCACCUUAAGAAGCAACUCAGUGGGGUUUGGGAAUCCUGAAAUUUCUAUAAAUGAGUUGGUUGUGUGUCCCGCUGCUUUCUGCCACAAAGUUAACGCUCACUGAGGCAGCAUCUUGACAAUCCAUAACUUCAGCUCAGUGAAUCAUAUCAACAUCUAGGAUUAUAUAACAUUGCUAGGUCCUUUAUCCUUUAGAAUUCUUAGGUACUAGGGUGCAAGCCUCAAGAUAAGAAUUCAUAUGCAAGACUGAAGGCUUCUUUAUUUCAGUCUCUCGAAGACUGAGGCAUGCCACCAUCUUUUUCUUCCACUGUCCCAUGACUUAUUUACUUACUUUGGGACGGGGGGAGAAAGCAGAAAAUAGAACGGUAAGCACUUGCAUUGCCUUUUGAAACAUAAUUAUGAAUCCAACAUGGAACUGGGAAUGUCCUUAUCCCUUCUGGUAAGAAGAUGGAGAGUGGAUGCACACUCAUCCACCAAAGAGGCCAUUUUACCCUUACUCAGGAGUUAUGCCUAACAAAUAAAGCAGUAUGAAAUAGGAGUAUGCACUGUCCCCAAUAUUACUAUUCCUGCUUUCUCAUUUCCAUUUUUUCAUCUUUGUGGAAACUCCCUAUUCUCGUGAGGAGCCUGCUAAUUUCCUAAUGUUCAAAUGACUGGUUGCUCCUUUUCAGUUUUUCUAAUCAACACCAAAAAACAGAAGAGGGGAGAUCUGGGAUAGGUCUACUGUAUUUAGGACCCUUACCUUGCUUGUCUUGAUCUCUUCAGAUCAAAUGCUUAAAAAGGGCUUGUGCACCAUAGAAUUGGAAGAGACCUGACACAGGAAAACUAUUAGUAUAAUUAUUAAUAACAUUUCAAGAAAAAUCAAUGCGCACAGCUGCCUUGUUUUUGAAACAUGCUUUUUAAAUCAUUCUUUCCUAGCUACUGUAUGCUCAUUACUUUGUAAUUAUGCAGAUUUAUACCAAUUAGGAGCAUUGGUAUAAAAAAUGACUAUGAUCUUAGCUACAUGAAAGCCAAAGGAAAAUUAUGAAAAGUCUGUCAGUGGUAGAAAAUUUGGUCAUUAACAUGAAUGUGAAAGACAUUCCCUACAUUUAGUUUGAUAUGUAUUGGUUAUGACGUGUAACUUCACAGUCUAAAAAUCUGGAUCUGUACAUUGUCUGAAGCCUUGUGUAAUGUCUGUAGCAUCAUUUGCUAUAGAUGAUGAAAAUACUGUUCUGUUGUGCCAAUCACUCAAUCUCCUCUGCUUCUCUUGGUCCAUGACAACUAUUGGUGGCAUUCCAUGUUGUUAAUCUGCACUGCUACUUCCAUCUCUGGGCAUCACCACCGUUGUUUAAAUAAUGUUGAUCAACUGUAAUGAGCAAUUAUAAAUCUGCUUCUGACAAGCUGUAGCCCCCAAAAUUUGAUAAAAUGAUUAAGGAUACUGUAACGCUUAAAAAUAAGGAGUAAUAUAAAAGUGGGUACCCUGCUGAUUGCAUUAGAAGUUUUAGAUUCUGUGAUUGAAUCUCAUUUUCCUGUUCAAAAAGUAAUUCACCAGAAUGUUGAAAUAAAUGAGAUCAUUACAAUAUUUUUGAAUAUCUAGCAUCUUAAAAGUGGUUAGAUUUUAUGGUGCUGUAAAGAUUCAAGGAUGUUUUUCUUUUAUCCUUUCAUUAUAAAUAAUUUGAAUAAAUUUAUUAAAAAACAA